AUGGCUGAUAGGAUCAGCAAUUUACCGGACGAAUUUCUAUGUUACAUUCUCUGUUUUAUGUCAACCAAACAAGCUGUUGCUACAUGUGUUCUCUCAAAGAGAUGGAAGCUUCUCUGGCGCUCUGUUCCCACUCUCGAUUUCGACGAUACAGGACGCUUCUCCUAUAACAAAGAUAUGUAUUCAGGCUUUGUUAGAUUUGUGUACGCAAUUAUGCUAUCGCGAGUUUCGCAUUCGCUUCAACCCAUCCAAAAUUUUCACCUCAAGUGUUGUUCUUCUUACUGUGAUCCUAGCGAUGUUAACGCAUGGGUUAACGCUGCACUACAACGUAGAGUUGAACACAUUUCCUUGUUUACGCCUCGUCAAGUUGUGCCGUCUGCCAUUUUUAGCCAUAGACCCCUUGUGGUUCUCAAGUUGACGGGGUUAACAGUAAAAGCUCUCUCCUCUGUUGAUUUUCCCGCACUUAAAGUCCUGUAUUUGAGACAGGUUACUUUUUUAAAACUUGGAUUUCUCGUGGAGCUUCUUUCUGGAUGUCCAGUUCUGGAGGAUUUGGUAGCAAUGGGUUUGUGUUUUAAGAACUCUUUAAUUGAAGGAGAAUUUAAAAGGCUACCCAAGUUGGUCAGAAUAUAUACUUGUAAACCCCUUUUUGAAAAACUUCGUGCAACAGUUAAUGAUGUAGAGUUUCUGCACAUAUAUGGGAUGGAUGCUGUGAAUAACUUCAAAGAGAUGAAUAUGUUUCACAAAUUAACCCAUGUUGAACUCACCUAUUACAAACAUACUAGGGAUUGGCGUGAGGUAGUGGAAUUUCUCAAGCAUUGUCCCAAGUUACAAAUUCUUGUCAUUAACAAGGUUUUGCUUGGUGGUUACAAAGAAGAAGAAGGAGAUGUGCUAUACCCACAAUCUGUUCCUGAAUCCAUUUCAUCACACCUUAAAACAUGCUGUUUUAAUAAUUAUCAUGGAUUGACAGCUGAGUUUCGAUUUGCUAGAUAUAUUAUGCAGUAUGCAAGAAUUUUACGGACCAUGAAAAUCUGUGUUGACAGUACUACCGCAAAUCUACAAGCAAAGCACGAAAUGCUCAAAAACUUAUCCUUAUGCUCAAGGCUCUCUACAACUUGUAAACUUUCAUUCAAAUGAAAUGAUGACGACUGGGU